UAGAGUUCACUCUGCAUGCCAGCUUUGUCUCCAGAGAUCCUCAUUUAAAUAUGAUAGUCUGUGGCCUCCUCAAGACCUCUCAGGAGCCAGUGCCCUUGCAAAGCAUCUCUGUGGAUGUGGUGGUCCACGGCUUCGUGGCUGAUGUAGCAUCUGAGCUUCAGUAUAAGAAUGAAGAAAAGAAUCCUGUGGAAGUUACCUUCGUUUUCCCUCUGGAUGAUGAAGCUGCUGUCUAUGCCUUCGAGGGCCUGAUUGGUGGGACACGGAUUGAGGCUCAGAUCCGAGAGAAGAAAGAGGCCCAGCAGGAAUACGAGGAUGCCCUGAGUGAAGGACGGGAAGCCUUCCUGCUUGAGAGGGAGACGAACACCAGUGACAUCUUCACCUGCAGCCUGGGAAACCUUCCUCCCAAUGAGGAGGCCACGUUGAAGCUGCGCUAUGUCCAGGCAUUGGCUCCGGAACCUGAUGGGGCCAUUCGCUUUGUCCUGCCUGCUGUGCUGAACCCUCGCUAUGUACCCCGCGGGUCAGAAGAGAACACCAUCACCCAGAAAAUACCACGAGUGCCCAAGGGAAAGCUUCCCUAUACCCUCAGUCUCUGUGCCACACUGGAGUCCUCCCAUGGCAUCAACCGGGUAGAAUCAAAAUGCACCCUGGAGCCCCUUCGCUACACAGUAGAAGACAAGACUGCUGCCCAGGUCUCCUUGGCUAAAGGGCACCAAUUUGACAGAGAUGUGGAGCUGCUGAUUUACUAUGAGGAAGUUCACAAGCCCAGUGCAACCCUCGAGGCUGGGAAACCUGGAGCUGCAUCAGGUUCCCUGAUGGGGGACCCAGCCCUUCUGGUUACCCUGUACCCCAGUUUACAGUGCACCACCAAGCCAGGCCUGAAUGCCAGUGGAGAAUUCAUCUUCCUGCUGGAUCGCUCUGGCAGCAUGGAUUGCAGCACUGAUUACAACAUUCCGAAUGCACCACAACGUAUUCAGAGUGCCAAGGAGACCCUGAUUCUCCUCCUGAAGAGUCUCCCUCUGGGAUGUUUCUUCAACAUUUAUGGCUUUGGAUCCACCUAUGACUCGUUCUACCCGCAGAGUGUCGAGUACACCCAGCAGACCAUGUCAGAAUCUCUCCAGCGUGUUAAGGACUUAGGUGCUGACCUAGGGGGCACAGAAAUUCUGCAACCACUGAAGACCAUUUACAGCCAGCCAUGCCGAGAAGGACAUCCUCGUCAGCUGUUUGUGUUCACAGAUGGAGAGGUAUUUAACACAAAUGAAGUCAUUGCAGAAGUUCAGCGUCACAGCAGUUCCCACAGGUGCUUUUCCUUUGGGAUUGGUGAAGGGGCCUCCACAGCCCUCAUCAAAGGCAUUGCUCAAGCAGCUGGAGGCAGCGCUGAAUUCAUCACAGGCAAGGAGCGCAUGCAGGCCAAGGCCCUGCAGUCUUUAAAGAAGGCUCUGCAGCCAGCAGCAACAAGGAUCUCUCUGCAUUGGGAUUUGCCUCCCGGUCUUGAGGCCAAGCUUGUGGGGUCCGGUCCCCAGGUCAUCUUUGAAGGGCAGCGCAGCCUCAUCUAUGCCCAGAUCUGUGGACAAGAUCAGGCCUCAGGUGCUUCAGAGGGGUCUGUUGUGCUGCAGUACAACUUCCAAGACCAGACUUUCACAGAUACGUUGAAGUUCCCAGUCCAAGCUGAGAAGAGUGACAGGCUCCUUGUUCAUCGUUUGGCAGCUCAGGCCUUGUUGCAGGAUCUGGAAGGCACUGGAGAGAAGGAUAAAGAAAAGCAGAGUCUGGCCCUGCAGACGAGUUUGAGCUCUGGGGUGGUGUGUUCCCAGACGUCCUACGUGGGGGUGAACACAAAGCUGGGCCAGCCAGUGCAAGGCCCCCUUAUCCACCGAGAUGUCCCCCAUGCAUGUGAGUGAAAGAGCUGGACUUAAUUACA